GAAGGGUGUAUCCUUUGGGGUUUUGUACGCAAAAUAUUUUGUUUUCUCAGAAAUUCAAUCGGAAGAAAAAUUUCUCCGAUCGUCUCCGAUGGCUUCUUCGGGAUCCUCCGACGAAGAUUUCCGAUCUCGCGUCGAAAAAAUCUUCGGAUCUCUGGCCUUCUCUCGCUCGCCGUCGUCUCCUUCUCCGGCGUCGUUGUGGUCUCUAACCGACGGUGAUGUGAAGAAGCGGGAGUGGAAGCGCGACAAGAGCGCUUCGUAUGAUAGGGAUGAGAUUCCGUGUGCGUCUUCGUUCGAUGAGCUUUUGAAACAGCAGAGGGGCUCGAGGAAUGCUCGGAAGCAGUUCGAGGAUGAACUCGGUGAAGACGGUGAUGAUGGUCGGGUGCGUGGAGAAGAUGAUGAGUUUGGUGAUGAAUGGAGUAUCAGAGCCUCCAUUGGCUUAGACCGUACCCUCGAUAACGAGGAAGAGGAAGACGAGUAUGACAAAGUGGCUUUAGGCAGAGAGAAUGCUGGAGAACGUCUGUAUAUGAAAGAUGUCACUGAUCUGGGAUCUUCUUUAGGUUCCUGGGAUACACUUGCUAAAUCGUCUGGCAAGAUGACCAGGGACCCUCGUGCUAUCCACUUUGCUGCAAAACUUAGGCUGAAGGAAGACAAAGCUGAGAUUGAAAAAUUUAGCCCUUCUCAUAAUCAUAGCUCGGGGAGGAGAGAACCUCAUGGAGAAUCAUCCAAAGAAGAUGUUGCGCCAAAACCUAUACUGAAAAGGAAGGAUAGUAGUUCAGAAGCAAGAGCAAGUAAGCGAGUCAGAUUUGAUCUCGGCGCACAAAAUGAUGUUGAAGCAACUACAGCGAUGUCUGAAGAUAUCUCUGCAAGUCCCUGUUCUGAUAAUUCUGCCUCAGAAAGCACAUCCCAUCUGGGUAAAAGUGGCAGUCAGAUUCCUGAUUACUUGAUAAAUCCUUCGAGAUACACCUGUUACAGCUGUGAUUCAUGUAUUGAUGCCGAUGAGAAGCCCACAACCCAAGAGUACAUGGACUUGCCCAAGUUUGUUGAAGAGUCAAAAGCUUCAGAAUCAGAAUCAAUGGAGUCUCCUUCAGCUAAUGAUCUGAAGAAGGUUACAUUUAUACCGCAGAAAAGGGCAAAGAACAUUAGCAAAGACAAUAACAGUAGCGAAGUAAAUGGAAGCAGUGAAGAAAAGGAGCUGGAAACCACAAACCAGGCUAUCGCAACCAUGGGAAUUGCUGCGGGAGAGGUAGAAGAAGAGGAUGGGCUCGAUGCAAUGGAAAAUGAGGACCCUGAAAUAGGCAAAAAGGAGAAGAGGUGCACCGGUUCGAGGAGGCCUGACCGUCGAUACCGUGCCAAGAGAAGUUCAGAUGAGACUGAUGCUUAAUGCUUUGCAAAGUUUCGGAAUUCUAUCCGGUUUUUUUAAAUCAUGCCGUUUUUUUAUCUCGUCGAGGAUAGUCCUCUUCUUUGCACGGUGAUGGAAAGAUUUGUAAAGCAUCGGUUUUGGAGAUGUGUUUGACAGCAAGUUCAACUACGAGUCUGAAGUUCAUC